CGCUGCCCAAGCCUCAGAAAUUUAAACCAAUGGGAAUCGGUCAGGAACUACGCGCUCAACCAAUGGGGCCAGGGCGCCGACUGUAAAGCCCUUGGUCAGGGUCUCCGCAGGUUUACUGAACCACAGCCGGACCUGCACACCCCGUUCCGCAGGGCUCAGGAAGGCGUCCUCUCGCCACCAUCUCUCCUCAUGAGUGUCCCACAGUGUGGGGCGAAGUCGGGCGAUGCUCAGCUCGCAGCUGCAGAGGGCCCACCGCUGCCCAGUGUGCCCACCGCCCGGAGCCUCACAAUUGAUGACUUUGAAAUCGGGCGUCCUCUGGGCAAGGGGAAAUUUGGGAAUGUGUACCUGGCUCGGCUCAAGGAAAACCAUUUCAUUGUGGCUCUGAAAGUCCUCUUCAAGUCCCAGCUCGAGAAGGAAGGAAUGGAACACCAGCUGCGCAGAGAAAUUGAAAUCCAGGCGCAUCUACAACAUCCCAAUAUUCUACGCCUGUACAACUACUUCCAUGAUGCGCGUCGUGUGUACCUGAUUCUAGAAUAUGCUCCAAGGGGUGAGCUCUACAAGGAGUUGCAAAAGAGCCACACAAUAGAUGAGCAGCGUACAGCCACGAUAAUGGAGGAGUUGGCAGAUGCUCUGGCCUAUUGCCAUGAGAACAAGGUGAUUCACAGGGAUAUUAAGCCAGAGAACCUGCUGCUGGGGUUCAGGGGUGAGGUGAAGAUUGCUGACUUUGGCUGGUCUGUGCACACCCCCUCACUGAGGAGAAAGACAAUGUGUGGGACUCUGGACUACUUGCCCCCAGAAAUGAUCGAGCAGAGAACAUACAAUGAGAUGGUGGAUCUGUGGUGCAUUGGGGUGCUCUGCUACGAACUACUGGUGGGAAAUCCACCUUUCGAGAGCUCCUCCUAUUCUGAGACCUACAGACGCAUCCUCAAGGUUGAUGUAAAAUUUCCCCCAUCAAUAUCUUUGGGGGCCCAGGACUUGAUCAGCAAGCUUCUCAGAUACCAGCCCUCAGAGCGACUGCCUUUGGCACAGAUCCUGCAGCACCCCUGGAUUCGAGCCCAUUCUCGGAGGGUGAUGCCUCCAUCUAGUCAGAUGGCUUCCUGAGCCGUCCACCCCUGUUCCUACAUGUUUGUUCAGGGAGCUCUCCUGGCUCCACUAUUUUGUCUGCGUUUUGUUUCUUCUCUUUUAAAAUACAAGAUACUAAUUAAUAAAAGGUUAAUCA